UUGUCAAACACAUUGUUCCUUUCGACAAGAUUUUGGUGUUUUAAGAUGAGUUUAAACUCACACGACAUUAUAUUUGUUUACAACAAAUAAUUUAGUAUAUACAUAUACUAAAAAAGAGAUUCAGUUUGAGUUAACUUUGACUUUUACUUCUAUUAGCAUUUGAGUCAACGUUGCAAGAAUGAGUGGGUGGCAGCAUAUUAUCUGCAUAACAUCUUACGAUCAUCUUCACAAAAAUGGCGGCCACCACCACUUCAGUCAUCUCAGGCUACGAUCGACCAACGGAGCUCAAAGCUUUCGACCAAACAAAAACCGGCGUCAAAGGCCUCGUCGAUGCCGGAAUCCGACAAAUCCCUCGCAUCUUCAUCCACCCACCGGAAACCUCCCCCAAAACCUCCACAAUUUUCGAGAUUCCAGUCGUAGACCUUGGAUCAACCGAUAGAGCAUCGACGGUGGAGAAGAUUCGUGCGGCGUCGGAGAAUCUAGGUUUCUUUCAAGUGGUGAAUCACGGGAUCCCUGUGACUGUUAUGGACGAGAUGCUUCAAGGAGUUCGUAGAUUUCACGAACAAGAUGUGGAGGUGAAAAAACAGUUUUACACGAGGGAUCUUUCGAGAACAGUAGUGUAUAAUAGCAACUUCGAUCUGCAUAGUUCCCCUGCCGCAAACUGGAGAGACACCUUCUUUUCAUUUAUGGCUCCGUCACCUCCGCCGCCGGAGGAAUUACCGGAGGUUUGCAGAGACAUACAAAUCGAGUAUUCAAAUCAAGUGAUGAAACUAGGCGGGUUGCUAUUCCGAUUGAUCUCAGAAGCCUUGGGGUUGAACGAUAAUCACCUCAGAGAUCUGGAUUUUGACAAAGGGCUUUCGAUCGCCGGCCAUUGUUAUCCUGCUUGUCCACAACCAGAUCUAACAAUGGGUACAACCAAACACACAGACGGUGGUUUUCUAACAGUGCUUCUACACGAUGAAAUCGGGGGACUACAAAUUCUCCAUCAAAAUCAAUGGAUUGAUGUUCCUCCAAUACCUGGUGCGCUUGUGAUCAAUAUCGGAGAUCUAUUACAGAUUUUAUCGAAUGAUAAAUUGAGAAGUGUGGAGCAUAGAGUGGUGGCAAAUGAGAAAGGACCGAGAGUAUCGGUGGCGUGUUUCUUCGGACCCUCCUUAGCGCCGUCGAAGAAGGUGUUGGGACCAUUGCCGGAGCUGGUUUCCGAUGAGAACCCACCGAGGUACAGAGAAACCACCUUCCAUGAAUACGGGCAAUAUUCCUCCUCUAAGGCCCUUGAUGGCGUUCCUCGGUUGCUUCAUUGGAGGAUUUAGGUUUUAUCACAAACUAUAUCUAUAUAUAGUUCGUAGUUCAUACGCUAACACAAUUAUCAACUCAUUCCAUUCGGCUAUGAAAAAAAAUAACAUUAUGUAUAUUAUUCAUUAUAUAUUACUAUAUAUUACAUCUAUAAACAUAUGUUGCUUUUAUCUUUUAGCUUCCUAAAAUGUCGAAUUUCUAUGUCAUUUUAUCUUUUUAUAUGUAAGUGGUCUUUUUA